UGGGGGGCAAUGUAGUCGUACGGUGCCAGGCGAGCGGAGGCGACCUGGUCUUACAUGUCACUGCUAAACGACGGCCUAUGCGAAGAUGAAGCCAAUGCACCGGUCGAUCUCAGGUUCCAGUUGUCGAGCAGCAGCGGAGCAGCGGCAACACACACUCGAAUCGUCAAGCCGUACCCAGAUGGAGGUUGGGCGGAGCAGUCGUCGGCAGCUCCCUGCGGGCGUGGAGACGACGGCCUCUCGCAAGCAUCCGGGGGCGUCGGGAAUAGAAAUGUGGCGUCGACGCAGGGCGGAGGACGAGGCGAUGUCUGCCAGCGUCGGGAUUGGACUGCCUCACGAAGCGGUCCAGGGACUCCACUCGGAUGGCAACGACAGGACGACGGUUCUGCGUCGGGUGCGCAAGUGGAGCGGCACGGUAGGCAGUCGUGGGCGGAUGCGAGGCAGGCGUUGCGUCAAGCAGGAGCGGACACCAUAACGAGAGGGGUGCAAGAGCUCCACGUCGACGGAGGCGGCGAUGCGGCGUUGAGGAACCAUUCGACUGCGACGACGGACGGCGGUGCGAGUGCGAAGAAAGGUUCCACUCCGUCAAAUUGGAGGAAUAAGAGGAGGGACGACGACACUAGCGGGAGCGAUGGCGAGGGCGGUCGCAAUUUCUGGCCGGUAGGAGACACGGUCGCACUCGUCCGGGCGAAAAGGGAUCAAGACCUGUAUUUUGCGGGCAUGGGCCACAAUUUCGGGGGCAUGAAGACUAGGGAAUGGAGGUGGGAGGACGUCCGGCAGAGGUUGGUAAAGUUGGGCGUCCAGCGGAAGGCCGUCGACUGCGGCAAGAAGUGGGACAACUUGAUGCAGCAGUUCAAGAAGGUUCACAAGUACCAAAACCUCUCCGGCGGGAAGGACUAUUUCAAGCUUGCUUCUUCGGCGAGGAGAUCGGAGGGUUUCAGCUUCGUCAUGGACCGGAGCGUUUUCGACGAGAUGGAGGCGAUGACAAAGGGGGAUCACACUAUCCACCUGAAGAAUUUGGCGGACACAGGGGCGCCGGAGGGGGUGCAGAUGCCGGCAGGAACGGGGGCUGUGGGGGAUGACAUCGGCAGUGAGGGGGGAGGGGAGCCCGUCGACGAAGACCAGGGGUCGACGAAAGAUUCUAGAUUCAGCGGCGGGAGCGGCGCCGCAACGAGGAAGAGGAAGAAUAUGAGACAACAAUCGUUUGAGGUAGUCACCGACGUGAUGAAGGACCAUGGAACGCUUAUGGCGACGACGAUGGACAAUGCGAGCAAGCGGCAAUGCUCCAUGAUGUUACGACAGUGCCAGGUCCUUGAGAGCGAACUGGAGCUGCAGAGGGGACAUUAUGCUGUUGCCGAUGCGGCGAACACGAUGAUGUGUAAUGCCCUUCUGGAGAUAGCGAAAGCAAUCCGCGAUAGAUCCGUCGUCGGCGGGACUUCAUUCGGCGAUCGACGAGUCACUUCCAGCGAAUCCGAUCGGUCCGCCAAUGUCGCUUCCAGCCGUCUCCGCCACGUCAUCAUGUCUACACGAGGGAACGCCCGUGGCACGAAACGCGACACCCUUCCUGAAGACGGCGAAGGGCAGUUGAAGAGGGGGCGGCAUGUCCCGAAGGGGAAGAGGCUGCGUCCGGAGGAAGCUUCAGGAAGCGUUCCAAGCCGGAUCGCACAAGGUUGGGUGGCAGCAGCCGAACGAGACGAUGACGACGAGUAUGCAUCCGGGGAAGAACACGCCGAGGGAACGGCGUCUGCAGUGCGGGAGAGUGGUCGCCAACGGUCGUCCGAUCAUAUCGCUUCGAAGGGGAUGACCACCCCGCCGCCCGCCGCCCUGCGAGUGCAAGGCCGCGACACGCGGACAGAGAAGGUCACUAUCGUCGAUAUGGUCAAUCCAUCGGAUGACGAACCGUUGGAGAAACGUCGCCUGCGCACGGCGACUGCAAGCACCCCAGGCACGCCGACUCUGCCACGUCAGCCUCGCCCGGACGAUGAAGGAGGGUCCGCCCAACACGUCGCUGCUGGUGCAGUCGUCGUUGCCCGGGGUGCAGCGGGGGCGGAGGCAGCAGGUGCUGCUGGGGGGGCCACACCUGGCGAGAAGAAUCCUGGUCGGGAGGGUGAUGACCCCUCUUCAAGUCCUCAUCGUCGGGGAGUGAUGACGAAGGAUCUUUUGGAGCGUGCCCUGCUGUGGGUUGACGACACAGCCUUCUGGACGACGCGGGAGGGGAGAAGGAUGUACAACAUCGUCCACGAAACUCGCGAGUAUUUCGUGGCCAUCGCCAGCGGGCUACCAGCGCGUGCCAUCCCUCGGAGCGUCGUCAUGCCGAAAUCAAGCGCGAAGGUGGCGCGGAUCUCCGACCAGUCACAACUGCAGCAAGCCACGAAACGGGCGACAACUUUGGAGAACGUUGUUAUGCGCAUCUUGCACGUCUGGGUGUUCAAAUCCGGAAACCGCCCGAGGGGUUACCAUCUUGCCUUCCAGUACACGCUGGAAUCCUUUGCCACGGACCUUGCGCGUGUUAUGUGGUGCGGCGAGGAGUGGAAUAACGCCGUCAGCGCUGCGGUUUGCGUGCACACGAUAGACUUGGGCAUGGACUUGCCGCUGUGGUUCGUUGGUGCGAACGUUGACGAUAGGCCUGACGACGACGACAUGGCGGCGUACCAGGAGUCCACUAUGAUAUGCAUCGUGCAUGCAUUCCACGGGGCGAUCCAGAUGGGUGCUACCAUCGACCAAGGUUUCAUUUUGUACGAGUGUCUUUGUCGGGUGGCUGAUUGUCUCAGGCUGCUGCUGGCGGCGAGCAUGUGGUUGAUGCGCAUGGCGGGAGACGAUCAGUGCAGCCACUACGAAGCUUUGUACUUCGCAAAGCUGGUGGCUAAGCCCACGCUCAUCGCAUCCAUGCAUCACGCCUUCGAGCAUCGCAAGAAGGUCCUCCGCGCCGUGAACGUCAUGACGGAAAGGCUCAGGAAGGCGAACGCCACUCUUGGUGAGUAUCCAAAGUACAUCCCAGAUUGGGCGGACUGCGGCAUCAGUUUCGGCCACGACGCCACCAUAACAAGGUCGGACGAAGCGAAGAAGCUAGACUGGUUGGGUUCUGCCCCCCCCGACGACGACGACGGCAAUGCUGAUGGGAAAAAGGAGACCUCCCCGGGUAUCCGCAGUGACGUCGACGACUCGCAAGUCGAGGUCGACAACAACCUGCGCGAUGAUGGAGAAACGACGCUUCCUGUCGUAAUAGUUCUCGCUAGGGGCGUUCGCCGACUUGUCGACGAAGAUAUGAGUACAGUCGAUGCAACCGUGGCAAUUGGGGAAUCCUUUAUCAGCGAACGCCCGCAGGACGACGAGCUUGUGAAGUCCACUCGGCCAGGCAAUCUUAUCUGCGUACACCCGGAGCAGCGCGGCAGUGACGUCGCGCACGGCGAUGAGGCCAGAGGCUCUGCCAAUCCCGAAGUUGCACGUGCCGCCGCUGAAGAUGAGGCGCACAUGCCUCAGAGGCUCCUGUACAAUGCGUAUGCGACAAUCUGGUUAGGCUGCAAGGGCUCCCUGUAAAACGUCACCCACCGCUGGAGAUGAGGCGCACAUGCCUCCGUGAUCUCCCGGAACACUCGUGGCGACAUUCGUAGCUUUUCCCGAAAGU